CGCCAUCUACUGGAUAAUAUAUAUAUAUAUGUAGCGGCGUUCCGUCGUUAUUGUUUUUUUAAUCCGCUAAAGAGCUGCAGACACAGUGACACGCGGAUCACGUGCCAGCCCCUUUGACUCCUCCUCUCGCGAGACGUGACGCGGCUCGCGGGAUCCUCGGCAGCGACACGUCGGCUCCGGACCUGAAGACAAUCUGCACAUUUCUGCGGGGUCAUGGUGGGGUCUCACAGCCUCUUCCUGCUGCAGCAGCUCAACGUUCAGAGGGAGUUUGGCUUCCUGUGUGACUGCACCGUCGCCAUCGGCAACGUCUACUUCAAAGCUCACCGCGCCGUGCUGGCCGCCUUCUCCAACUACUUCAAGAUGAUCUUCAUCCACCAGACCAGUGAGUGCAUAAAGAUCCAGCCCACCGACAUCCAGCCGGACGUGUUCAGCUACCUGCUGCACCUCAUGUACACCGGCCUGAGCCCCCCGCAGCCGGUGGACCGCAGCCGGCUGCAGGACGGCAUCAAGUUCCUCCACGCCUACCAGCUGUGCCGGAAACCCGGCGAGGGCGGCGAGGGCGGCGAGGGCGGCGAGGCCGACGCAGACCUGGUCCGCAUGUCCAACCUGUACGGGAUCCAGAUCUCCUCCCAGCUGGCCAACAAGGAGGCAGCCGGAGUCCCCAAGACCACGGCGGUGUCCUGCAGGGCGCCGGAGGACGGCCCCCGAGGGGGGCGGGUCCGCCUCCCGCCUCGGGGCCUGAGGAUCCUGCCGACGCUGGCCUCGGCGCUACGCAACAACUGCUCCGUGGCGUCCGGAGAGGACUCGGACAUUUCCACCCGCAUCAAGCAGGAGGCGGUGGAGGAGGACGGGGGCGACGGCGAGGGGGGCGGCGAGGGGGGCGAGGUGCCGGGGGCGCCGCCUCAGGGCGCCGGUCUCCGGCUCAAAGACCGGGUCCUGCUGUGUCCCCGCUGUGGCGAGCGCUGCUCGUCCCCCGAGGCCCUGAGGGAGCACCUGUUCAGCCACCGGCUGAGGGAGGGGCCGGGCGGCGGCGGGGGGGCGGCGGCCCCGGAGCCGCUGGACGCCGGCUGUCUGCAGGAGGCGCUGAGGCAGAGCCAGGCGCUCGCCGACCAGCUGGCCGCCGAGCUGAGGCGCAGCAGGGGCGGCGGGGGGGGCGGCGGCCUGUCGCUCGCCGCGCUGCAGACCCGUCGGCGUAAGAUGGCGUGCGCCGUGUGCAGCCUGCGCUUCUCCCACCGCAGCCGGCUGCAGGAGCACAUGGACGCCCACGGCGCCGCGGCCCGCUGCCACCGCUACGGACGCCUCUUCCAGGCCUCCGCCCACUUCUGCGAGGGCGUCGCCGAUCUGGGGGGCGGAGCCUCGUCCGGCGACGCCCCCGCCGCGCUCUCCGAGGAGGCCAACAGGGACGUGCAGGACAACGGCAGCUCUUGCUACUCGCUGGACUCCGAGGUCUCCCAGGAGAGCGGGCUGGAGUGACCACUGGUUGACCUUUGACCUUCAGAACCGAUCAAUACACAACUAUUUAUACAAGCGAGGAAAGAAAACACAUCAUGAGAAUACUUCAUGAGACGGACCGACGAGACGGACCCACGAGACGGACCCAAGAGACGGACCCAUGAGACGGACCCAUGAGACGGACCGACGAGACGGACCCAUGAGACGGACCCACGAGACGGACCCACGAGACGGACCCAUGAGACGGACCCAAGAGACGGACCGACGAGACGGACCCACGAGACGGACCCACGAGACGGACCCAAGAGACGGACCGACGAGACGGACCCACGAGACGGACCCAAGAGACGGACCGACGAGACGGACCCAUGAGACGGACCGACGAGACGGACCCAUGAGACGGACCGACGAGACGGACCGAUGAGACGGACCCAUGAGACGGACCC